UAUUAUAGAGACACCUAAUCGAAAAAAAAAAAUACAAGGGAGCAACAAAAAGUGAGAGAAAAUUGGAUUGUUCUAUUUGAGCACUUGUUGUGUUUCCACAGUUCCGCUAGAGGAAAAAGAGCCUAUAGAAGUGGAAGAAUGCCGAGGGUGACACCGAUUUUGCGCAAAGCUCGUAAAGCUCUUCAAGAUUCGGAUUUGGUCAAGGCCUUGCAGUCUGAGAUCACACACGAGCUCUCCUCCACUCCCUUUCAGGAUGACCAAAGUCGUUCUCCGGGGGAUUUUGUGGUGGAAUGGGACUCACCACAGUCCCAAGAUGUGGUUUUACGAAGAAAUUGUGAGUCGGGGGAGGAGGUUGCAGUCUCAGCGGUGCUUGGUCCAGUGACUUACGGAAAAGAGGGUGUGUUUCCAAGGGAUGUUUUGAUGAAAGUAUGUUUGAAAAAGCCUGGCCUGAGCUCAAUGUUGCAGUUUGAUUGUGGUGUUUUUGAGGGAGGUAAUGAAGGGUCUCAGUUUGACAUCCAUAAUGCCUAUUAUAUCCAAUCACCUACUUGUGUGAGCCCUUCAGACUACAGAGGCCCCUUAUUCAGCUCUUUGGACCCUCAAUUGCAAGAUGCACUCAAGGAGUACCUAGUUGCAAGGGGAGUAGGAGAAAGCCUGACCAAUUUCCUCCUCCACCACCUACAUAAAAAGGAGCAAGGUCAAUAUGUGAACUGGUUAAAAAUACUUGAAUCAUCAGUGGCAAAAAGUGAGUGACAGCUGAUGGUGGGUCAAUCAUACAUGCUUCAUUUUUUCGCAUUAAUUCCCACCUUGUCUCAAUUUAUCAACUGUCGUCUUUUUACUUUUACAUAGUUUGAGCUCAAAUUUUUAUCAUUUGCAAAUGUUUUUUUUGCUCAUUUUACAGUCUGAGCACAAUUAAAUUGAGUAAUGGAUCCUAUAAAAAAAAAUUUCUUUUUGGAGUAA